AUAAAGAGCUGCUCAUCACCGUGGAUAUCGUUCAGACUGUUGAUUAAUCAGCCGCAGAUUUAUCGCAUUUGCGUUCAUCAUGUUAUGGAAUAGCACAAAUAACUCGUUGGAAAUUAGCGAAAAUGACAAUUAUUUGAAGCACAUCGCCAUAAUGCUGAACUUGCGACUGCAGCGGACUAUUUUACCCGUGAUACUAUUUAUAGGUAUUGUAGCUUUGGUUGGAAUCAUCGGAAAUGUUCUGAUUUUGAUAAUAUACGGCCGCCGUCGGGAUGGAGGAAACUUCCGCUGUUUCGUACUCAUGAUGGCUACCAUCGACUUAACAAGCUGCAUCACGAUUUCCCCGGGUGAAAUAUACAUUUUGUUGAAUUGGUAUGACAACCCAUAUAUCUGGAUUUGCAAAGCCAAAACGUUCUUCAAUGUUUUUACAUCUUGGGGAUCAGCUUGGAUUCUAUUUUUGCUCGCGAUUGACCGCUACCGGAAGAUUUGCCGACCGCUCCGCUGGCAGAUAACAACAACGCUUGCGAUGAAGCUAUGUAUAUUAGCCCUAGUUAUUUCUGCUGCUGUAGCAAGUUGGGUUGCACUUGUCUGGGGAAAAUAUACUUACGAACAAACGGUAGAUAUAAUUGUUUCUGUUAACGUGUCUGUGUGUGAUAAAACUUACUUAGCACAUAGAUUCGCGGGCAUGUUCAGCAUAGGUUUUGUUUUUAUUUUCCCUGUUGGCAUUUCACUGCUAGUCCUCCUCUGCCUAAAUUCAAUCACAUCUAUUACGUUGUUUAGACAGAGAAAUAAAUUUAAAAAGCCAGCAAAAGCUCAAGAUGUGCAGUCAGAACUAAAAACUGUAAGAAAAGAUGUCUCCGAGAUUGCAUCAGUAUCUGGCGGUACACAGCCUACUUCUUUACCAGACUUUUCUAAUGAAGUACCGGUCUCAUUACCGAAAAAUGCUGUUGGCCGAACAAGUCAAAAUGAAAGUCAGAUAUGUUGUAUAGAAAAUAUCAAUGUAUCAUCCAAAGAUCAAGAACAAACAUUAUCGCAUUUUUCGAACGGAAGGAAAUCUUACGCUACGGAUGUUCAGAGAACAUCAGACACCCGGACGUCAAAUAGCAUUGCACUCAGUGCAACAACAGUCAGGGAAGAAAGGUUUCAAAGAAUGAAGCAAAAAACAAUAAUAAUGCUGGUCCUGACAGUCACAUUUGUAGUCACCAUGUUUCUCUACGUCGUGCUGAUAAGCUUCAAGACGGUGAACGUCCUUAAUGAGAUGCCUGAUGAGGAAAAAGUGCUGUUUUUCUUCUUUUUGAGGCUGUAUUUCCUUAAUACAAUAGUCAAUCCUUUCGUGUAUGGCAUAAUGGAUGAAAGGUUUCGAAACGACAUAUUAGAUAUUUUGAACAAACUCGUCAAUCAUUGAAAAACACACACAAUUUAUACGCUAAGUGCCACUUCAUCAAAAGUAAUUUACUGUAUUUUAUUCUUAAUGUAAAGCUUGCAGAUCUAUGUUUGUAUGUCGUCAUAAUUUCAUAACACUUUGUUUAACUACUGUAAUUAUUUUAAAAGUACCACGAACAUAUAUGUGUAAACAGUGCAUAUCGUGGGCUAGUAAUACAUGUUUAUCCAUGUAUUACUGUUGCAUAUUGUGUUUAUGUCUGUAAAUGCAUCACUUAUUUUAGCUGAUCUGAGCAUAUGGUGCUCACGUGGAGCCUAAAUAAGGUUGUGAUGUCCAUGCGUGCGUUCGAGCGUUUACUCGUUUUUGACGAUUUCUUUCCUUGAAAACAAUAAAGAUUUGUCGCAUAUUAAUAUAUUUACAGAGCGAAUAUUAAAAAAACUCUUACUCCUUAAUAUUAAAGCAGUGUUGUGAGUUUUGUAUCUGAUGAGUUACAUCCUAUAGUUGUCAUUCUCUAAGUUUAUGUCAAGCUUUGCAAUUGGAAUUGCAAUAUUAUGAGGUUGGUGUUAAAUGUUCAUUGUGUGUUUUGUAAUUAAUUCUUUUGCUAGCAUAGGGUACGAUAAUUGAUUAUUCUAAUAGCACUUAUCAGGGGUUCUUAUUAUUGUUUGCUGCGUAGAACUUUUUAACGUUAUCUAUUUUGUAUUUGUUGUGAAUAUACUACUAUUGUUGAAUAAUAUUAGUUGAAAUAAAGUGUUCACAUGAAAUACUUGAAAACAAAUAGUGCAGAAAUUGAUAUUGUUGUCAUAUUUGUAAAAAAUGAACAACGUCGUGUAAAACUUGGUAUUAUGACAUACGUGACCACAGCUAUUUAACAUCUUUUUUCCUUGAUUCAUAAAACUAUUAUAAAAUUAAAGAUGUUGUAAAUUGCCUUAAAUCUCAAAUAAAACAAAUUCAAACAUUAAAGAUUUAGAAGCUCUGUAAAAUAAGAUUUGCACGUGAGUAUGGUGUUAUUCUUUAGAAUGAAAUUCUUUAUAAAUAUAAAGUAGUGUAC